UUUGUUUGGGUCGAAUGUAACACUCAGUUCACUCAGAGCAAUAAACUAAAGGUAAAGUUAUCGAAAAUGGUCGGAGAGAAAAGAACAUCUGUCUACAGGAAGAAAAAAAAGAGAAAUUUUUCUGGAAGGCGAAAACAGAAGAAGAGUUAAGAAGAAACCGCUGCUAUUGUUGACUCCUCAACUCCGAGCACCUCCUGGGAUGAAAAUCAGCUCUCCGACUUGGACUCUAAAGAAACUGUUGGUUCCUCCAGAAAGAAAAUAAAAUAUGUCGACGAGGAGCUUCUUUUAGACAGCUCUGAUGAUGAGUUUACCUUCAAUACCGAGGAAAGCGAGGGAUAUAGAUUUAUGGAUGUGAAAAAUUUAUCCAAGGCGAUCUCAAACGCGCACGUGUGUGAGAAAGGCAACUUAACUUUUGAGGAAGAUAAGAGUGCAAGAGCAGGGCUGAUGUCAGUUUUCCUAAUGAGUGUGUCAACUCUAUGGUAUGGGUACGGUGUCCUAAACAUAAGCACCAUUGUGUUAAAGUAGUUUGGUGUACCGCAGCAUCAGCAAUCUAUUAUUACCAUAGUGGAGCUUCUUGUAGGGUGAAAAUUAUGGAGAGGCUAUCUAUCCGUGGAGAUGUAUGCACAAGAGAGGCAGCACAUGCAAAAGAUAGUAAACGAUUGACCAAGUCUGAUUUGCAGGUUACGCAGAAGGAAAAAAGACGGCGUCAAGGGGAACAACUUCUGCGAACUCAUCGAGAGGAAACCCUUCGAGAAGCUGAAGGGGUAACCUAUGAACCAGGAGGCUUUUAGACACUCCUGUGGACAAAAUAUGAACACUUGGACCACUAUAGUGGUUACAUAUUUGAAAAAAAUUAAUUCUGAUUGCUAUCCGCAAGUUUAAAGGCUAUUUUCUCAUUAGGCAAUAAUUUUGUCUUCAAGAAAAAAUAUCUUGAGAACAAUGUAUCCGAUUGAUUUGCAAUUUUCAGUGUUCCUCUCGAUAAGUUUGGUGUUAUAUGUAGAGCAAUUUUCCAUAUGAUAUAUGUAAUUAAAGUUAUGACGUGAAACAUCCCUUCAAUUUCCCAUGUCAAAUUUAAUCGCUCAUCAUUUGAAAUGUUUUCAACAUACCAGAAAUCCUUCUGCUCAUAACAAUAAGCAACAUGUCUUCUUUGAAUUGAUACUAAAAACAUUAUUUUUUAGUAGUGCCAGAAGGAGUUAUCUUAUCUUAAGUAACCCUUGGUCGAACCCAGCAGGUGGCACAAUUAAAUGAGUGAUAUCCUAUUACAAUUGACAUGUGGAGCGUGAAAUUUUUUUUUCAUGAUCUUCAAGUCACAAGCUUUCCAGAGAUAUAUAGUUUCCUUAGGUUUUCAACUAAAUCCUAACUAUGAAAAAUGAUGAAAAAAAUGGGCAUUUUUUAGGUUUACCCCCACCAUAAUUAUCUCGCAAAUACUGUCGAGCCGCUUCAAUCAUCGUGGACAAACGGAAAACGAUUUGCAUACGUAAGCAACGUGCGACGACAAAGUGUCAGUCUCUACAAAUUUUCAAGACUGAUUGUUACAUAAGGGUUCUUUGGUGAAUUGUUGCCUUAAAGAACAAAGUUCUUCUCUUAAAAUUGGCGUAGAAGCAGACAAAACUAAAGAUAACGUCCCGCCUGAUAGAAUAUCGAGUGCAGUGUCCAUUGGUGAAAUUACAUCUGACAGUCUCUAGAGAAACAUCAGUAAUUGUUACUGACUAAUCGUUAUCAUCUUGUCUCUUGAAUUUUCACGCAGUACAGUAUAUUGGUAGAUUCUUCUGGUCGACGACUUGCCUGCUUGAGGCAUUUAUACCAGAUUACUUGACAGGGCUUGAUGAUUCUUGCUUCCUUGGCACUUUCAAUUUCGAAACAUCAAACUAAAAAUAACUGGAGCUUAUUCAUAACAUGUCAUCAUAUGUCUACGAGCUGAAGUAUUCAUUCUGACCACCUCUUUAUGAGGAUUUGUUUAAAAUUCAAACGAUAGAAAUAUAUAUUCAUAAUGUUGAUCGUCAACAUCUUUUUUCUUCAACUUUCAUUGGACAAGUGGAAUAAUCAAAACUUUCGCUAGUAUGCAGAUUGCGGGAGUAUUGUUUCUGCCUUGUGAGCACUUUCACUUUCGAAACAUAAUAAAAAACUGCAGCUUAUUUGAAACGUUCAUUCGGUAUCGAAGAUCCCGAGUGUUAACUCGAAACUCUGUAACGCGGAUAAUGACUGACAGUUUGCUAAUUGAAGUUUUUGCCCGUGUUUUAUUCAGCUUCACACGCGGCGUAACAGAGCAUUACGACCCAGAUGAGCCUGAAGUCGAGACCUUUAGAUGUAACGAUAGCUUAAGCAGUGGUGGUCGAGAGUGGAAUCGUCAGGCCGUCGAUAAACCUAUUUACCAGGAAUAUUCACCGCCAUCGGACGACGAUUAUGAUCUCUUGUCAGCAAGUAAUUCUCGAGUUAGAUAUCGGCUCAUUAACGCGAGCUCACCAGAUGAAGAUGGAGACGAACAGCAAAAUGAAGAUGAUGAAAUGGCUUGGAAGCGAUUCAGACCAUCCGUUCUUCGCACAGUUUGUCAAUCAAUGUACAUCGGCGCAUUGAUUUCACUUCUUUCCGCUGUUCUCCUCGGCCUUUUUUACGUCAUGAUCGCUUAUGUCUCGUACGAAACGACACGCAACUGCCAAUUUCACCCGAAGGAGACAAUCCCAAUUAAAAUACAGUGGAUCAGAACAUUGUCUGACGUGAUAGGUGUUGCCUUUCUUUACAUGUGGUUCUUUGUAGGAAUGCUUUUUCUUUUUCGACCGUAUCAGUUAAAGGGCGUUAAAAGAAAACUCAUUCUUGUUGCUUUUGUCCUUUUCUGUGUGGAAACAGUGUAUCGUGUUGUCUUUCAAGUCUGUGGAAUAUCUCAUUCCAAGCUUUCUGUGACUCAGAAGAUUCCUCUCAACAUUCUAUUUCUAAUUAGCAUAUGUUGGCAAGUUUACCUUCUGACAAAUCACUUCCGGAACCUGUCGAGUAGAACGAGUUUAUUUAUAAAAUUAACGACACCCUACUGCUUUACUUUCUCUCUUGCCAUCUUUAUAACAUCGUUUAUUUAUCCAAUGUACAACAAGCAAACUGAACAUGGAAAACUCCUUAUUGCACUCUUCUCACCUCUCUUUGGAGUUAUCUUUAAGGUAAUCUUACGACAUUGCGCUCAACGCUUCAAGAAAAUUGUUCAUCCGGGAUACUCGUACAUUUUGCUAGUGCCGUUAUAUUUUGGAUUAGCGGUCGGGUUUCGAGUAAUGCAGGCAGAACUUGACAACCUCAAACUCAUCGCUAGAUAUAAUGUUGAGAGGAAUCUUCUGAGUCACAGAAAGCUGGGAAUGAGAUAUUACAAAGACUUGAAGGACAACACGAUACACUGCAUCCACACAGAACAGGACAAAAACAACAAGAAUGAGUUUUCUUUUCACGCCCUUUAA